GCGAUAUUAGUGAUGAUAUGACAAGACAAGUCACUGACAGAUGGCAGCUAUUAUGACCAUUCACGGCACACGAGCGAAACGUGCAAAAACACGUCUGCUAAAUGUCCACACCCGACGAUUCUCUUACCAACAAAGGGCACUGUGUUUAAAACACGGCUGCGGUAUUUCAUUCGGCUAGCGGAGUAUUGUAUGACAAGUGCGUCCGAAGCCCCUACUAAAUUAUUGAGGCAUUCGCACGUCAGAGUGCUGGAAAGUUUGAAGACGGUCUACUCAAGUUUUAUCAAAGCCCGGCCACGCCCCUUACUGCACAGGGCCAAUAGAGCCGAUCCGCGAUGUUCCGCGUUCCCGACGCCUGACUGAACAGAGAUAAAAGCGAAGCCACAGUGCCGCGGAGGGGUUUUGGAAGAUUUCGUAACGGACACUUGGGGUGCUUAUCUGGCUCGAGCAACAAUGCCCGGGGAUCUAGAAGAGAAAGAAAGCAGCAGUCACUCAACCGUAAGGGGGCACUACCGCUCCCAGAAGCAAUGUCAGAAAAGCUCAUUUGCGUUCUACCAGGCUGUGCGGGACUUACUCGCCGUAUGGAUUCUAGAGGACAUGCGGAGCAUGGAGGUGUUCCACUGGGAGGACGAUGGCAGGGCUCUCGCUUUUUCCCCGUCCGAAGCGUUACUCUAUGCAGUAGUGCAUGAUCACAUGCCGUACGCCCGCUACCUGCUGGCCACAUAUUCGCUGCGAGCCCUUGACGUACCCAGCCGCAGCUUCUGCUGCUGUCCGGCCUCGGCUGCGCCGCAUAUCACAGUGGCCGUCCGCUACAAUCGCACUGGAAUUCUGCGCCUUAUUCUACAGACUUUGAAAGGCUGCACUGCUGCAGAGCGAUCUGCCUACCUGAACCGCAGAGGCUGUUCGCAUCUGGACAACGGUCGAACCCCUCUUCACCUGGCCUGUGACUUGGGCCGUCCCGAAUGUGUUGCCCUGCUACUUGGACACACCGCCUCUCCAUACGUAACGGACUGUAACGGUGACACUCCGCUGGACAGCCUCCUGCGCCUGAUGUGCCACAGUGACCUCGACAGACGGCGGCAGCGCGCCUGCCUUCGCCACUUGCUGUUAUUCAUGCCCGAACUUCGCUUCAGUAUGCGGAGACAAAUGCGGGAGCAGCCGGAUAUUUGGACACACAUGCUGGGGGAGCAGACCUUUCUAUACUUAUCCGGUUGGGCUCCCCCCACGCUCUUCGUCUGCGCUAUGCAGACGUUGAUCAGAACGAUCUCUCCUGAUAAUUUACCAGAUGGACUGGAAGAACUGCCGGUGCCAACACUGCUGAAGCCACUGGACGUUAGGCUGUGAUGCCAGCUGAGAAGUGACUAGACGGGUAGGGUGGGCCGAAACUGGACUAAAGAUAUAAUUCUCAGGGACAUUACCGGUUGCCCUGUAUGAACAUCAAGUACCGUUUCGGCCAGUGUUUGGAUGCAGGGUAGGGGGAUAAUAAAUGGUGCAGAAAUUGCAAGGACGAUAUUGAAACAGAUGCACCCGCCAUGGUCAAGCAUCAAGGCAGAGACCGCAGCAGCAGGACCAGAGAAACUCCUUUGCACUAGUUGCCUGUUGACAGAUAACUCAUAAGUGUUAUCAAUGCUAGAUGAACAAAGCUACAUAUUUAUUUUUUAUUUUAACCACUUGAUGGCACAAGUGACUCUGAAAAUGACAUGUAAACAUUGUAUGUAGUACAUACUUAUUUAAAUCUGAAAAAAGAUGCCAUAUUUUUUUACAAUAAUGCUUUAUGAAAUUGAUGAGCUGUGUUUCAAGUCAGAGGGUUAUAUUGCCUUAAAUAAAAUGAACCAUUAUAUUUUAAAAA